AUGACCAACAACCGGGAUCAAAACGUGCUUCGGGCACGUUUUUGCCAUGCUCUUUCAGAAAUGUACAAGACUGAAGUUCCCUUAUAUGGCGACCUGGUCGAUGUCGUUCUGGAAGCUGAUACCAAGGCAAUCCAGGACAGCGACGGGUCGAAAGGAACAGCCAUAAAUCCCGAUGACGUCUUACCAUCGCGGCAUCGGGUGGAGAGACACGGAGCGAUCCGACUGGGUACUCCAUAUGAGCUCAGCACAAUCCGACGCAUGUUUGCCGUGAUGGGGAUGUACCCCGUGGGCUACUAUGACCUCAGUCUGGCUGGGUUUCCGAUGCACGCGACUGCCUUUAGGCCCAAUACGCAAGCUGCCCUUGCUCAGCAUCCUUUCCGGGUAUUUACAACCGUACUACGGAUGGACCUUUUGACCGAAAGGACUCGCGAACUGGCACAGCAUGCGUUGAGCCAAAGAGAUAUCUUUACACCGAGGCUCCUUGCUCUAUUGGACAUUGUGGAUCAAAAGGGCCAUUUGACUCCUGCGGAGUGUACUGAAUUUAUUCAAAAUGGACUGGAGACAUUCAGAUGGCAUUCCAAAACCACGGUGACUUUGGGCGAAUACAUGCGUCUCAAAUCCGAGCAUCCAUUGAUCGCCGACAUUGUUUCUUUUCCCAACGCACAUAUUAAUCACCUAACACCUCGAACUAUUGACAUCGACCUGGUCCAGAAAUUGAUGGCCGACCAUGGGAUGCCCGCAAAAGAGAGAAUCGAAGGGCCACCCAAGCGAGUGUGUCCGAUACUUCUGCGACAAACUAGCUUCAAAGCCCUGGAAGAAACAGUGUACUUUCGUGACUCGUCUGAUAAUUACGUCAGAGGCUCUCACACGGCUCGUUUUGGUGAGGUUGAGCAACGAGGGUAUGCUCUUACACGCAAGGGACGCCAGCUGUAUGAUCAGAUUUUGGACCGGGUGAACGCAGGGGCUGUGAAGCAGAAAAUGAACAGCUCUGAGUAUAACUAUAUUCUGGAGGAAUCUUUCAAGGUUUUCCCAGAUAGCCUAGAGAAUCUACGUACCCAAGGUCUGGCAUACUUCAACUUUCGACUCACCCCGACCGGCGAGGAGCAGGCAGAUGAUGCGCAAAAUAUUCUGAGAGGCAAAUCAUCAUCACUGGAGAACCUUCUAAGUAAUGGCUUAUUGAGCUAUGAGCCAUUGACAUACGAAGAUUUCCUUCCACUAUCGGCAGGUGGGAUCUUCAACUCGAACCUUGGUAAUGAUUCCCAAUCCAAACAGCUCAUCAUGAGAGCCGAACCAGAUCUUGAUGGCUUCCAACGCUGCCUCGGAGCCCGUGUUGCGGACGAGUUUCACCUAUAUGCGGAGAUGCAGCGCGAAUCGCUCGAGCUUUGUCGGUUGAGACUUGGUUUGAAGGAAAUUGCUGUUUAG